GUCGAAAUCAUACAAUGAACUCUGAUUUUAGCAAUAUCAUCUUAUGAAUAUGGAAAUAGUUUUGUCUCAUUUAUCUAUUGAAUUUUGAAAAAGAUUAUGAACCUAACUUUCUUGUUGACCGUCUAUUACGGAAUCCAGGGAUUAUAAGCUUCGGGUAUAGAGACAAACAGUUGACAAAGAACAAUGGAGGACUGCAUCAUCACCGUCAACGUGAGUGGACGGCGAUUCGAGAUAGGACGGGAUGUCUUGUCCAGAUUCCCUGAUUCUACACUUGGGCGUCUGACGUCAUCCACACAGAAGGAGGUUUUCUACCAGAGACCCACGUCUGUGUUCAAGUCUGUUCUUGGGUACCAUCAGACCGGGCACCUACAUAUACCAGCUUCUAUGUGUCUCGGGGCUGUACAGGAGGAACUGGAGUACUGGGGAUUCGGUGUUGACGACGUCGAGCCGUGUUGUCGACGUGCGCUCAGUGGCUUUCACAGGCAGCAGCAUGACGUGCGCGAGUUUGAAAAAGAGACAAGACUAUUGUUCACGGAAUCAAAGAGGCAGGCCACAUCCACCUUCGCGAAGGGCAGGCAUUGUUUGUGGAGGAUAAUGAAUCAGCCGUUUUCAUCCAAUAUUGCAAAGGUAUACUUCCUCAUCUCUUGCCUUGUGAUCGUUACAUCUACUCUGCUGAUCGUCCUGGGAACGCUGCCUUACUUCAAGGGUACCCUGAAGAUAGAACAUUGGAAGCAGUACUUUGGACAAGAACUUUAUGACGAGUAUUACGACGAGAUAAGACUUGCGAGUGAACCUGACGCUGCGGUAUUAAAUGAAAUAACUCAGCGACACAACAAGACACCUGGUGACAUCCUUGGGAACUUCAGUCUCCCCACAGACGUCCAUGUAAAGAAUGAAAACUUCGAACUCGCUGGUUUCAUCUGCACUGCCUUCUUCACUCUGGAGCUUCUGAUUAGGCUCUGUUCUUGCCCAAGUCUAGCCCGUUUCUUCAGGUCUCUGAUGAACGUUAUUGACAUCCUCGCAGUUGUAGCAGCUCUUGCUAAGAUCGUCGUUGAGGAAGUGUGGGCCGCUGAGAAAUUCAAACAUUCUUACCUGGACGUUCUUGAAGGCAUGUUGGUCCUUAGAGUCUUAAGGCUGUUCCAUUUGACGAAGCAUAUCACAGGAGCUCGGGUUCUGGUGUACGCUUUCAAAUCCUCAUUGAGGGAAGUGGGAUUCAUGGCUCUGCUUGUCGUUAUUACCUCCAUCGUGUUUGGAACAGUUGUGUACUAUGUCGACUCUCAUAGGAUGCAGAACAUACCGGAAGGGUGUUGGUGGGCAGUGAUCACCAUGACAACUGUUGGUUAUGGGGACAUAACUCCGUCUAAUGCUGUUUCUAAGUGUGUUGGUGUGUUGUGUGCCUGUAUGGGUAUCUUGGUUCUGGCAAUAACUAUGCCGCUGUUUGUCAACAACUUUAUAACAUUUUAUUCCAUCGCCAACGAAACAACAGGCCAGAAAAAGGCCAGAAAUAGCGAACAACAGACCACGAGUUCAACCGUUAGAGCUGUUAAAGUUGCCGAUCAACAUCAGAAUGAGACUGAUUCAGGCACUUAUCCAAACAAUCGCUGAAUUACAUAUGGUGGUUACAAUAUCCAUAUGGACCCCGAUUAUGUUUGUAGGUGUGUCAGCACCAUACCCGUGCUCGUGAGUUUCACCAAAGUGGUAAACGUCCAAGGCCUGCUUCACUUCGGGCUUUCAUCCCACAUUAAGCUGACCCGCUGUGAUAUAACAAGAAUACUGUUGGAAGCCGUGCUAAACAGAACAGAGAUGUUUCAUGUUACAGUGCACGUACAGUAGGCAUAAUCACUUGCUUGAUAACGGUGUUAGAACCCACACCGAAACGUCGCUCUUAAUUGUGAUAAAUAAAUCUUACCCUUACUUAGUUCUCCAACUUAUAAAUGCCUAUCAAAGAAGUUAUUUUUAUUGUCAGUUAACAGAUGAUGUACAAAGUGUACAUAUUUUAGGUGAUAAUGUUUUGCAUAGUUUACACAUAUUUGGCCACAUAUAACCAUUUUGAGGGACAUAAAGAAGUCGUUGUUGGGGAAGACUUUCUUCACACCUGAAAAGAUAGUGAAACUCGUCUUCAACAGCAGAAUUGCAUAGUUUCAGGUAUGGUCUUUUCUCACUGACCCACGCCAUCGGUCGUUUUCGAUGGGAAAAUUAUGAUUUGAUGUGCGAAAAAUCGGUAAAUAUAAUAUUUUUGGAAGUAAUAGAAAAUUUUCUAAUUUUGGUAAAUCUCUUAAGUGUUGGUAACAUACACCUUUUGAACUUGAUAAAAUAUACUCUUAAAAAUAAAGAAAAGCCAGAUUUGUGUGAGAUAGGAAAAUACCUUUAUACGAGAAACCGUACAAGGUAUUGAGCCAAAAUGUUGUGGAGAGAACACUUGGUGAUUGUAGUCAUCUCAGUUAUCGGUACAUAGGAAAAGUCGAAGGUGAAGGUCAGUUUUCAUUAAUAACGCGUAUGUCCCCCGUUGGAAUCGAUAGCGGCCUGACUUCUCCAGCCCACGAAAGAGACGAGUAUG